AAAGGUUAGUUUUCUGAUAAUACGUAUUGACAAAAUAUAGGCUUGAUAAUUCAGUCCAGUUUGGGGAAUGAUAAGGCUGCUGCCCGGACAGGAUCUAAAUUUAUCUAACAGGAAUCAUGGAAAAUAACAUUGUAUAUUUUUGGAUUUGUGCUUUUGCAAUUGUUUAUCCAGUCGUCCAUGGAAAUCAAGAGACUUUACCGCAACCUACUGCCAGUGAAAAACUUCCAUCAUUGAUGAAGAUGAACAAUGAUUUUGCGUUUCAGCUGUACAAGAGGCUUGUAGAAAUGCCAGAGUAUCAGUCCAAGAAUAUCUUCUUCUCUCCAUUCAGUGUGUCUAUGGCCCUUUCUGAGCUGUCUUUAGGAGCCGGUGGUGAGACCAAACAGCAGCUUCUCAGAGGUAUCGGCCAUAACAGCUCGAUCUUCAGCACUGAAGAAAUGCACCAGAUGUUCCACCGUCUCCUGGAAGAAAUUGAUCAGAGGACAGGGGUGGACAUUGAUGUCGGCAGUGCACUUUAUGUAAGCGACAAAUUUAAGCCCCUUCCUGAGUUCUUGGAGAAGAUGAAGAAGUUUUACCACUCUGAAGGCUUCACUGUGGAUUUCAGCAUCAGAGAAACAUUAGAUAAAAUUAACACAUAUGUGAAGGACAAAACACAUGGGAAAAUAAAUCAAGCAGUUGGUGAUUUGGAAUCUGAUACUGUGAUGCUCCUUCUCACGUACAUAUAUUUUAAAGGAAAAUGGGACAUGCCAUUUAACCCAAACAGGACCCGCAAGGAUACAUUUCAUGUGGACGCUGAGACCACCGUUCCAGUACAAAUGAUGCACCAAUAUGAAUCCCUCAAAGUUUAUUAUGAUGCUGAACUCACUUCUAAAGUCCUCUGUCUUGACUACAACGACUCUUUCUCCAUGUUUCUGGCUAUCCCAGACAAAAGAGCAUCAAAUACCAUCAAAGAUCUGGAGAUGGCCAUCUCUAGACAGCACAUUGAAAAAUGGAGGAGAGCUGUCCAGAAAAGAAAAGCUGACAUCUAUGUCCCCAAGCUGUCUCUGAAAACAUCAUAUUCCUUGAAUGAUAUUUUGAAAGGAAUGGGAAUGGCUGAUAUGUUUACAGAUAAAGCCAACUUUACAGGAAUUUCAGAAGGGAUUUUCAUUUCAAAGGCUUUGCAUAAAGCUACUCUCGAUAUAGAUGAGAAGGGAACCACUGCAGCAGCAGUGACGACAGUUUCAUUCAGACCAAUGUCUUACAGCCCACUGAAGACUUUGAGUUUUGACCAUCCAUUCAUGAUCUUUAUCACUGACCAAAAAAAUGACAACAUCCUCUUCUUUGGAAAAGUUGUCAACCCCAUGGAAAAACAGUGAUGUGGCAACCAAGAUGUCAUAUCAACAUUCACCAGCAGGUGGACAUGAUUUAAUAAUUUCUGCCAUUAUUUUGUUGAGUCUAGAGCGUGUUGAUAUACAAAGGUACUCAAUCCUCCUCCCAGGUUCACCUUCCUGCAGAGUUUCGUUCCAAUGCUUAUCAAACACCUGCUUAUCAAGCUGUUUGGAUUUAGUUGUUUGGAAAUAAAUUGCAGGAAGGAGAAUCUACAGUACCAUAGGCAGGCAUUUCUAGAUCGGUUUGCUCUGGACAGUGUAUACUUAUCUGUCCAGUGGCAACUGUUAUAUGUAAUGCUUGAUCAGAAAAAUAUUAAGUGAAAAAAAAAAAAAAAAAAAAAAAAAAAAAACUGAUGCUACAACCUUUGUCAUCCCUUAUAUAUUAUAAAUAUAUUUCCCUAUAUAUAAAUGAUCAAUAUAUGUGAUCAGAUAUGGUACGGCAUGAAUAAUAUAUUGCAGAUAUGCAGUAUAAACACAUAUAUGGUAAAAUAUAUUGUGUAACAUCCCUUUUUAAUUUUAUAAUUUACAUUUUUCAUAUUUUCAAGUUAGUUAACAAAAGCACACUUGCAUAUACUAAAGUUUCUACCAAAGAGUCACUGUGCUAUAGCGGGCACAGCUGUUUUUUUUUUUUUUUUUUUAAUAAAAUUACUAUAGUCUUAAAAUUGUUCAGCAGAUCAUAAACCUAACCAAAUGAUCUACUCUUUAGCACAAUUGUAACCCCAAAAACUCACACAUACCAGAAAAAAAACUUUUAAAUUCCAAAAUAAUACAACUUUAAACACUAACAGAUCUACCCCUAUGUCAAUAUUGACCAAAACACAUAAAAUAGAACUUAAUUUUAACAUUUACUAUCCUUUAACAGUCAGAAGCAAAGCAUGCUGGGAAGAUCUGUUGUAACCACUGAUUGUAACUCAUUCCAUGAAUGUGUGUAUAUAUGUGUGUACAAUACAUUCACAUUUAUAGGGGAACAUGUAUGUGCAAUAUAUGUACACAAUAAAGUAUAAAACUUUA